UUGUUGGAUUAUCAAAUUAAAGAAAUAACAAAAUCUUAUCAACUUGAACCGGCCCGAAAGUCUAAAGGAAGAAGCAGAUUGUUUUAUAAGGGAUCGUUUAAAAAAAGGCCAACUUUUUUCGUAAAAGUUGUGGCUUCUACGGCUACGGCUCCUGACGAUCAGUUCUCUGUUAUGGCAAUUCAUCGUUCAAGUAAACUGUUUGAAUGGAAAAUCGGAAAUAAAAGUUUAACUGACAUAUUCCUUGGUCAUGAUAGUUAUGAAGAUAUAAUUUAUCAUAAUAGAAAAUUCUAUGCGUUGGAUUAUAUGGGUAAGACUCUAAGUGUAGAUUCUCGGUCUUUCGAAGUUAUUCGAGUCACGUAUAUGGAUAGCAUUAUCCCUGCUGGACGACAUCACUUCGUGAAGUCCUGUGAGGACCUGUUCUUGAUUUUCCGGUGCUGGGCAUACGAAGAUAGCCGGAUAUAUUUUGAGGCUUUUAAGCUUGACGAAGAGAGAAAUCAGUGGGUUCCGGCGGUGCAUGAGUUGGAGCAUAGGGCGUUGUUUGUCGGUGAGGAUUGUUCGUUCGCUGUUUCGGCUAAAGAGUUCCGUGGAUGUAAAGGGAAUUGUAUUUACUUCAAAAGUAAUAGCUUCUCUAAAGGCGUUAAUGAAGAUUACCCCGGAGCCUGUGCUGGGAUUUUUAACUUUAAGGAUAAUACUGUUGGUCGGCUGGCGGUCUUCCCAGGAUAUUCCGAGAUUUUUUGGCCUGUACCAUCGUGGCUAAAUUUCCAUGCUGCCUCAACAUCUACUCAUGCUCCUCACUAAUAUUACUAUCGCAUUUGAACGUGAUUGGAAUAGGCACUGAUUGAAGGCUUUUUGGGUACUGUUAUGUGCAGCUCUAACAACUCUUGGCUGCAGUUCUCUGGUACUAAGAUUAGUUCGUAGUUCCUUGUCUUAAUGGUAGUUCAGUCUUUAUUUUGUGCGUUGGGUUUCCAAAAUGACAUCCAGAGUUUUUCAAAAGUGACAAAUACACCCAGUUAUUUUAAAACACUGGGUGUAUUUCUCACUUUCGGAAAAACUAUGGAUGUUAUAAACGCUGCAUGGAAACUUAGAAGGCGAAAAGUAAUUAUCUCAUGAAUGUUGACAAGAUGGUACUUGUGUUAGUUACUUAGUUUAAAGUCCUA